AUGACUUCUAAUGCAAGAAAUUCAUACGUAACUUUACUCCAUAAAGCUGUGGAUGAUAAUAACUACAAAGAAGCUACAAGGUUAAUCAACCUUGGAGAGAACGUAAAUGCAAUGUGUCUCUACUACCUAAAAAAAUACAAAAUUAAUAUAAAUUGUACUGCGUUACACCUCGCAGUCAUCAGCAAAAGAAACAAGAAGAUCGUGGAACUCCUCUUAAAGAACAACGCAGAUAUCAACAUCGAAGCUCAUUAUCCUGAUACUGAUGAUGACCAUAAUUGCCCAGUCAUGAGAAAUCAUCAUUUCAAUCGCACGCCUUUGCUGCUCGCGAUCACCGAAGAAAAUAAAGAAAUAGUAGAAUUGCUGAUCAAGUACAACGUAGAUGUAAAUUUAAAAACUUCUAUUGGAGAAUCUGCGCUCAGCUUAGCUCUGGAGGGUAACGAAAAGAAAUUAAUUGAAAUUUUAUUAGCCGCAGGUGCAGAUAUUGAUUUGCGUUCCCAAAAUCUCUUUUUGCUGCACCGGGCGGUGGCAAAUAAUAAUUACGCAAUAGCAGAGUAUGUUAUCAAUCAUGACAGCAGUGACUUGAAUACAGUUUGGUAUUACCCAAGCUGGAGUUUUUUAAGAACUUGCGGUUCGCCAUUACACAUCGCGGUGAACGAUCGAAACAAAGAGAUGGUCGAAUUUCUGUUAAGAAAUAAUGCAGAUGUUAAUAUUAAAACAAACUGCGAUAUAACAACUCCUUGUGAUCGCCAGGGGGGUGAAUACUAUGAUCGUACGCCUUUGCAAAUCGCUAUUGAAAAGGAAGACAAGACUAUCGUCAAGAUACUGAUCCAACAUAAAGCGGAAGUUAAUCUUCCGAUUACGAUUCAAAAAACUCCGCUAGGUAUCGCUAUACACAAGAAAAAUAUAGACUUGAUGGAAUUAUUAAUUCACGCAGAUGCUCAUGUCAAAUCAAUAUGA